UUGCACGUCAAGCCUCGGUUAAUCUAUAAAUCCGGCCUCGGAGGUCGCGUGCAAAUUAAUACCUCGCUCUGCCCCACGUACCGCGGCCCCUGACCAAGUUAACAGCGGGACGACUGGUCCAUUUCCGCCGCACAAGCGGGCAGGCGCGGCCCGGCAUUGUCCGUUCGAAGCGGCGGCCACCGCGGCAGCUAGGGGAGGAGGGGGGGUUCAUUCCACUAAUUCCGCGUUCUAUUUCAAACGUUAGCGAUUCGGUCGGCCCGUCGGCUCUUCGAACUGCCUCAGCUUCGUUCUUCGAGCCCCACAAGGCGUCGUUGACCUUCCAGCGAGGCAGUCCUUCCGAUCCGACGUCGGGAGCCAGGGCCCUUUGUUUUGCCAUGGAUAAAAAGAGUUUACUCAAAACGUCCACGACCCGUCGUACGCAGAAAAAAGGCAAGGUAGCAAAAGCCGGGGUCAAGGGCAAGCCCACGCACGGGGGUCUUAGGGCCCAAUCGACCCGGGGACGCAAGGCCGCCGCCCCUUCCUCCCCGGUCAAGAGGGCAGCCAAUGCGCUGCAGGCUAAGAUCAGCACACGGAAUGGCUCCGGCACCAACUGCAAGAGCUGUCGGCGGAGCUUCGCCACGGAGCGGGGGCUCAAGAUGCACCAACGCAGACCCUGCAAGCCCGACAAUGAGGAGGCCGCGGCGGACGUCGACUCGGACGGGCCAAAAGCGGUUGCAGUGGCGGACGCGUCCUCGGACUCCGACUCGGACCUGCCACUGGUCAAGAGCAGCCGUCGGUCAACCCCCCGCCUCGGGGCCACGGGGGGUUCCCCCUCGGGGGCUCUGGACCUGGGGGCCCAGCUGAAAGGCAAGCUGCAGGGCAAGCUGCAGAGCAAGCUGGGCAGCACUCCCAAGGGCCUGGCGCUGCUGAGCUGCCAGCGGUGCGGCCUGAGCUUCGACCCCAAGCGGGACGGCCCUCGCUGCAAGCACUGCACCCGGGAGGACGACGAGGAGUCCAGCGAGGACGAGGACAAGGACGCUCGGGAGACAGAAGUCAGCCCCCGCGAGAACGGCGACGCCGGCAAAGAGAAUGUCCCGGGUGACGGCAACGCAGCCGGCACGAGCCGGGACACGGACGUGAAGGUCCCCAUCCAGAACAUCCGGGUGGUCAAGGAGCUGGUCAGGGCCGCGGCGGCGGAGCAGCGGCAGCAGAAGAGGAAGAGGAAGGCUGCCGUGCCCGUGGCGGCGGCGGCGGGGGCCUCCGUGAACAAGGAUCUGGAGUGCCCGGUGUGCGGCAAGCAGUUCACAAAGAAGUACUACCUUCAGCGCCACCUGCAGAUGACGUCGUGUUCCGGGGGACCGCCCCCAGCACAUCCCUGCGAAGUGUGCGGCAAGAUCUACUCGCGGAAGGACAACCUGCGGGAGCACCUGCGGGCCCACGCAGGGGAGGUGACGCGGCGCAAGAAGUACAAGUGCGACCACUGCGGCAAGACGUUCCACGGCAUCUCGCUGCUCAAGAUCCACAUCCGCACCCACACUGGGGAGCGGCCCUUCAGCUGCGACUUCUGCUCCAAGGGCUUCCCCUCUGUCACAGCCCUGAACAAGCACCGGCGCAUCCACACCGGGGAGAAGCCCUACUCCUGCGCUGAGUGCGGCAUGAGGUUCUCGCUGAAGGGCACCCUCAACCGGCACACGCGCAUCCACACGGGGAUCCGUCCCCACAAAUGCCCCUACUGCGGCAAGGAGUUCAUCCAGGGCGGAGGACUCAAGGCCCACCUGUUCCACCAUACGGGCAUGAACGGGUUCAAGUGCUCGGUCUGCGACAAGGUGUUCAACCGCAAGGCCCGGCUAGACCUGCACAUGAAGUACCUGCACCUGAAGCUCAAGCCGCACGUGUGCGGCGAGUGCGGCAAGGGCUUCACGCGUCGGGAAGACCUGACUCGCCACUCUGUGCUGCACACGGGAGAGAAGCCGUACCAGUGCCCGACGUGCCACAAGCGCUUCGCCAUCAAGCCCUCGCUCAAGAUCCACAUGGUGACGCACACCAAGGAGGAGCCCCGGUCGUGCCACGAGUGCGGGCGGGCCUUCAUCCGCAAGGACUGCCUGAUGCGGCACAUGCGGAAGCGCCACCGGGACCUCCUGGACCGGAUCCUGCUGGACGAAGAGGAUGACCGCUUCGCUCCUCCGGGACCGGGUUUGCUCACCACCACGGGCGGGGCGGGGGCAGCUGGGGCAGCGCCUGGCGCACAGCCGGGGCCGGUGGCCAGGGUGCUCUCCGAACAGGCACUGUGCGAGAGCAUCCGCGAACUGCUGGGCCUCCUGGUGGACGAGCCCACGCUCAAGGGAUUUGGCUACCCAGACAAGCCGGUGGACGAGCUGCUGGAAGCGGUAAUCCGCCGGUGCGGCCACAGUCCGGCCAGCCCGGACGACUAUGGCUACAUGGACCGGCUCCGCGAAAACUCCAAGCUCCUGUUCACGGUUGUCAUCGACGACAAUGCCGUCAAGACCCUGCUCAAUAACCAGACCGUGGACGAAGUCAUUUUGCACGUGUUGCGUCUCGCAAAGUCCUAGGUCCCGCACCCGGUUGUCCUCUCCCGCUCCGCCCAAGUCGUGCACGGAGUCUGGGAGAGGAACAGAUGCGUUGCGCCGGAGCGGCGGAAAGGCCACGUCUCGCGGAGACGAGGCCGAGCUGCGUCGACCCGCCUCGUUGUCAACGAGUGGCAUUUCCACUUCUCUGGUUGCCAAUGCGUCGUUUGUAUCUUCUUUCGCGGAUUUGCGCGUCUCAUUAGAUAGUCUUCCUUUCGGUGCUCCUUGUUGGCUCGCGGAUUCGAAACUGUCCAAGAGUGUUGGUGUCCACGAUGCUGGCAGUGGCAGGAAUGAUUUUAAGAGGUGAAGAAAGGGGCCACCGGUUGCUCGUGUUGACGGCUGUCCAAACUGGAUGCUUUUUUCCGCAGCCGCGGCAUUUGCCGUGUUGGAGGUGGAAGUUUUCAUUUAGUUCCAGUCCGCUUCUACACGUUUGUUUUGCUGGGGGGAAAGCUUCCCUCCACUUGCGUUCACAGACAGGGGCUUUAAGCGUACUCAUCACAUGGGUCUGGAUGGCCACAUGUGCUCUGCUGGCUGUCUUUGAGGCAUCCGCCGUUAUCGUCGGUCCCCAAUCUCCCGAAAAGAAGACGGUGUUAGAGGUGACGGCGAGGAGACGAGCUGUGUUGUCAAUGUCCAAAUUAAAAAAGGGCGCAUGCACCUCAGCUUUUACGGUUUUUUUUUCUUCUUUUUCAUAGAAGCGUAUGUUUUUCUUUGUCGUCACAGCAUUUGCUGUAUGGACGCCACUUUAGAGACAUAGGGCCCUGUUAGCUUUUGUAUUCCCUCAAGUUGCCUUGGUUGAAAGCCCGUUUAUGCCACGGUGAAUUUUGAAAUAGCAGUGGCACCGUUUUGGUGCAGUCA